AUGGCCGAGUCGACCCAGACCUUCUAUCCUGCGUCGUCGUCGUCGUCGGACAUGCCGCCGCCCCAAUACGACUAUAAUAACGUGGCGCCGCCAACUUUUUUCUAUGAUAAAGGAGACUCUUUUAACGUAAGCGGAGAGAGCCCCUCCUUGGCAUAUAAUCAGGGCCCCGAGUUUGCGCCCCAGUUUGCUCCCCAGGAUGUUUAUACCGACCCUUCCCAGGACUAUUCGUGGAUGGAGACCCAGCAUCUAGGCCAGCAGCAUCUGGGCCAGCAGGACCAGCAGCAACACCUGGGACAGCAGCAUCUGGGCCAGCAUCUGGGUCAGCAUCUGGGUCAGCAUCUGGGUCAGCAGCCUCAGGGCCAGCAGCCUCAGGGCCAGCAGCCUCAGGGCCAGCAGCCUCAGGGCCAGCAGCCUCAGGGCCAGCAGCCUCAGGGCCAGCAGCAUCAGGGUCACACGUUCCUGGACCCCCAGUUUCAACAGUACAAUCAGUUCCAGGAGUAUGACCAGACCCAUCCCCAGACACGGGCACUCCCGCCCCAAAGUCAACACAGUGUCAGUCCCAUGCCCACCAGUCACAGCAACAGUCCGGUGUCCACUGCCAGUCCUGUACCCCAGACCCAGGCUCCGCCUCCGCCGGUGCAAACUCCGUCUGCCGGACCUCCUCCGAAGUUUAUUAAUGGAGAAGAAUAUCACUUUGUGCCUGGUCUGGGUUACUAUCCCGUGGCCCGAAUUCCUGCUCUUCGUCAGCAUCAACAGCAGGUUCAACAGGCGCAGACCCUGACCCUGACCCAGGAAGAGCCUUCUGUGGUAUUGCAAACACAAGCAGCCUCGAAACCUGCUCCUAGAGCUGCGGUCAAGCCAGCACCUAAAACCACCAAGGUCGCCUCUAAGGCCGCUCCUCGUAAGCUGGACCCUACAGCACAGGCAGCAGGAGCAGUGACGGCCCAGGUGAGUGCCAAAAAACGCACGGUCACUGCUUCGGACAUGCCCGAGGGCGACACCUCCAUCCUGGAAAAGGUGGCAAGCAAUCCAGACGUAGCUGACAUUAUCCGUCAGACCUUUGCCCAGCUGGUGGACCAGAAAGAGCCACAGGCCAAGGUGGCCUUUUCGGCGGCGCGACUGCUGCUGUCCGUGCCCGAAGCCGAGUGGGGCAAGACCAAGCCCGAUCUCAUGGCUCUGUGUCUUUCCAAUUGUUUCCGGGCCUUUUCCGGCGAUUACUACCACGAUUUUUGGCGGGCCAUGCGUCGAUACACCAACUUCAUUGUGCGUCUGCGAGCGUGGAUGGUCUUCAACGUCAACAAGCGAUUCAUUGACGAGUGUGGUUCGGCGCUCGACUUUUUGGUGGUGAUGCGAUUGUCCCAUGACACGCUUCUGCAGUUCAAGUUCGACAAGGUUCUCAAGAAGAUCAUCAAGUUGGGAUCCGAGAGCGUGAAGGACAAGUCCAACAAGAUUCUUGACCAGGCGGCAAAGGCCGUGAAGGCUGAUGACUCAUCCGCCAGCCCUGUGCCGACUGAGUCGAAAUCUUCGGCCGUGUCUUCUACUUCCAGCUCGUCAGCUGCGACCCCAGCAACUGCGGCAGCCAAGGUCAAGAGCGGCAAGGUUGCCAAGCCGCUGGCCAAACCUGCUGCCAAACCUGCUGCUGGAUCGUUCUUCAAGUCGCUGUCGAAGCCGGAGGCUGAGAAGAAGGCCAUUGAUGUGGAUAAGGUGGCGGACAAGAAGGUUGACAAGAAGCCCGAGGUGAAGUCCGAGACGAAGUCCGAGCCAAAGCCCGAGCCCAAACCAGAGGUCAAACCCCCACAAUCUGCGUUCAACGACGUCAUGGCCAACAUUCUGCGGGUUCCUACGAAGCGGGCUUCCCCCGCUGCGUCUGCGCCUGUUGAGGCAAAGAAGCAAAAGGUUAAGAAGAAGGUGUCGUGGCGGCCGGACGAGGAGCUGGUGGAUAUCCGCUUCUUUGAGUCCGAAAAGGACGAGAACCGCAACCACCACCUGUCCUCGUAUAGAGAUAUGGACAAGGAGGAGGGCCGAGGUCUGAUUGGCAACAAUAGCGAGGUGGAUAUCGACUUUGACCCGGUGGAAGAUGAACAGCAGGUGUGGUACGAGCCUGCCAAAAUGUCCUUCGAGGGCGUUACUGACGAUAUCGAGCCCAACCCGCCCAAGCGAGGCGGUCAUGGCGCGAUUGAGUCUUCCGAAGCGGAACUCAUGGCCCAGCGAAACAAAACGUCUCUGGCCACCGUAUAUGGCCCCGAUGAUGACAUUCCAGACAGUCCAGUCGAGCCGUCUGAGGCGUCGCAGAACCCACUGGAUCUACCAGACUCGCUGUUGAGCGAGCCCAAGGAGAUGGUAGUGGCGGAACGGACCAAGAAGAUGCUGAGCAUCAUGUCUGGCGCGUACCGUGUUGUGCCCAAGCAGGCAUUUAAGGGUGACCCUACCAGUGAAAACGUGUGCGAGGCAUACGAUACGGUGUUUGUGGGCGAGACUGCUACUGAGAAACCAGCCGAGCCGAUUCCUGACGUGCCAGCGUUUGAUAUUUCCAAACUUCCCGGUUUUGCGUCUGUCAGUGGCUCUGAGCAGAAGCAGAGCACCCCUCCACCGCCUCCUCCGCCUGCGGCCAACCCCCUGGCGGCUUUGGCGUCGCUGCCUGGACUGCAGAACCUCAUUCCAGCGCUCCAGGCUGCGGCCAACCCCGGUGCUGCUGCAGUAGGCAUGCCUCCCAUUCCGGGACUUCCUCCGGGAGUAGAUCCCAUGGCGUUUGUGCAGGCUCUGGCUCAGAUGCAGCAGCAGAACCAACAACAACAGCAGCAACAGCAGCAACAACAGCAUCCCCAGCAACAACAGCAACAACAGCAUCGGUACGAUCGAAACGAUAGAUACGACCGCAACGACAGACAUGACCGGCACGAUCGGGGUAAUGUGAGUGAGAUGCGGAAACGCGAUGUUCGACCGGACAUUUCCAGAUCAUGGGAUAAGCUCCCGGCCAACAGGUACUCGCAACCGUGCAGGUUCUUCAAUACGGAUAAGGCGUGCUCCAGAGGAGACCAGUGUAUUUUUUUGCAUCUCCCUAAAUAA